AUGAGGCUCACUCCUGCCGCUGCAGCAGCAUCGCUGCUCAGUCUCUCCGCACCUGAGUUGACUGUAGCCACGGCUGCGGAAUCAUACUCUGCGGAUCAAUGCUGCGCCGCCCUUUUCAGCAGCAGUAUCGGUGACAAAGUCGUCUUCCCCGGCAACGCGGCCUACCGCGACUCCGUGACCUCGUACUGGGCCGUCAAUGUCCAACUGGAACCGACCUGCAUUGUGCAGCCGCAGUCUGCCGACGAUGUCUCGGUCGCGGUGCAGACACUGGCUGGUGCCGGCGGCAACUCGCGCUGCAAGUUCGCAGUACGCAGUGGAGGACACAUGACCUGGGCUGGGUCGAACAACAUCGAAACGGGCGUUACCAUUGAUCUCUCGCUGAUGAACAGCACAAUCUAUGACAAGGAGGCCAAGGUUGCGACUAUUCUGCCAGGUUCGCGCUGGGAGGCCGUUUAUAAGACCCUGGAGGAGUACAAUGUUGUCGUUCCCGGUGGUAGGACAGGCCCGGUUGGUGUUGGAGGGUUCUUGCUUGGAGGCGGAAACUCCUUCCACGCCGCGCGGGUCGGACUCGCUUGCGACAAUGUCAUCAACUACGAGGUUGUCCUUGCCAGCGGCCGCAUUGUUAACGCCAACAACAACACCAACGUUGAGCUCUUCAAGGCCUUGAAAGGCGGCUCGAACAACUUUGGCAUUGUGACCAAAUACGAACUCAAGGCGAUCGACAACGCGCACCUCUGGGGCGGCAUCAACGUCUUCGACAACUCCACCACGAACCAGCAGAUUGACGCCCUGGUCAAGUUCAUUGACAACAUCGAAAACGACCCAUAUGCCUCCUGGAUCGGCCUCUGGCAGUACAACUCGACCACGCGGAAAACCCUCAUCAGCAGCCCCUGGGACUACACGAAGCCCGUUGCGCACCCUGCUGCCUUCGACGACUUCUCCAAGAUCCCUCGCAUCUCGUCCUCGAACCGCUUCGCGACAUUGUAUAAUCUCACCAGUGAGCUGCAGCAGGCCGCUGGAUAUCGGUGGACGCAUCCUGCUAACGGGAACAGCGAUAUCUUUUUGACAAGCACCUACUUAAACAGCGCCGCGGUCCUCCACAAGACAAUCGAGAUCCUAAACAAGAAGAUCGAAGCCGCCGUCCCCGUCGCCCAGGGCAAGGAUUGGUCCAUCAUGGUGAUUAUCCAGCCCUGGCCCAAGAUCUACUGGCAGCGGAACCAGAACAACGGGGUUGGCAAUGUCCUUGGGCUGGACCGGUUUGAUGAGAACAUGCUGCAGGUGCUGUACGAUUACUCCUGGGACAACGCGGCCGAUGACGAGCUCUUCCAGCGGCUCUGCAGAGAAGCCAUGGCUGAGCUGGAUGAAUACGCCAAGAGCAUUGGCAAGUACAACGAGUACAUCUACCUGAACUAUGCAGACGUCUCGCAGAACCCGCUCAGAGGGUACGGGGAUGAGAAUGUUGAGUUCAUCCGCCAGGUGGCUGAGCGAUAUGAUCCGGAUGGAGUCUUCCAGUCGCAGGUCCCGGGAGGGUUCAAAGUCAGCGAGGCGUAA